UAACAUUCCGUCCAUUGAAGAGAAUCACAAUACGCAUCUUUCAUAGCCCUAAUUUAUUAAUGACAUCAAAUUAUGAACAUCAAAUUAGUUAAUUCCACCCACGACAUCAACAAAUUUGCAGCUACAAGAAGGACCCACAAAGUUAAUCCAUUUUUGUUUUCUUCUUCCUUACUUUAUUAUAUAUCUUGAUUUUAUUAUCCUGCGCUGUCUCUUCCUCUCUCUCUCUCUCUAAAAUGAAGCACUGUGAAGAGGGUUGGCAACAAUUCUUGAAAAAAAAAAUGAAGGGUUUGUUUUUAAUGGGAUUUUCGGGCUAAUUCUUGAAGAUUGAUGGAUCAAAGAAAUGAGAUUUUAAUGGUAAAGCUUGUUUCUUUCUGGAGUUUCGUCGAGAUCCGUUUUUGUUCCUCGUUUAAUCCUCAAGCACCAGGUCAAUGGACUUAGACUCCGUAAGUUGCCUUACUAAUAGCAUUUCUCGAUUUAUUCACCUGGUAACAUGUCGAAUAUCGAAGAGUAUCCCUAUGGAGAAGGAUUACAGGAAUAUAACUUCUUUCUUGAAGCAUUUGAAACCACUACUUGAUAAUGUCACUGAUCAUAAGGUGCCUCUAGAUGAAAUUUUGUGUAAAGAGUGCGAAGAAUUGGAUUCAGCUGUCAAUGAGGCUAGAGAAUUCCUUGAGAAAUGGUCUCCGAGGAUGAGCAAGAUUCUUUGCGUUCUGCAAAGCAAGCACUUUAUCCUGAAAAUCCAGAUAUCCUCAGUGAAGAUAUCUUCUAUUUUAUGCGGACUAGUUGAAUCAUCACCGUCUUCUUCGAGUCUAUCUGCUGCUCAGUUCUGUAAGCAGGAAUCUCAAAAUCUGAAGCUAGACAAAGUAUCAGAACUCAUAGAAGAGAUUUUUAGAAGCCAAAAUGAAGGGGUGACUCCUCAUGCUGAUUUUCUCAUGUCAAUGGUUAAGACCCUCAACCUGACCUCAAAUCAGGAACUCUUGAGUGAGUUUAUUGCAUUGGAAAAGGAGAGAAUGAAAGCUGAAGAAAAUCAAACAAAAGGGGAUUUGGAUCAAAUAUCUCGUACCAUUGAGUUUAUGUCCCACAUUCAUGAUUGUGUGGUUAGGCUCGAGAACUUUGAGGCCGUGAAUGGCAUUCGGAUCCCCCCAUAUUUCCGCUGUCCUUUAUCUUCGGAAAUCAUGCGGGAUCCAGUUAUUGUUGCUUCUGGGCAAACCUAUGAGCGGGCUUCUGUACAAAAAUGGCUGGAUCAUGGAUUAACAACUUGUCCCAAAACUGGUCAAAAACUCGCACAUACCAAUCUUAUCCCCAAUUAUACAGUUAAAGCUCUUGUAGCAAAUUGGUGUGAGGAAAACAAAAUAAAUGUCACCAACCCCCCUGGGGGUACUGAUAUUGUCGUAGUUCAAUCUCAAUCUGAACAUUUCAAUCCCUUAGAUGAUCUCCAAUGUCCUUUAAAAGGGAUAAAUUCAACAUCAAGAUCCUCUUUUGAAGCCUGGCAUGGCUUUGAGAAGCUGAAGGUCGAUGGUUCUUCUGGACCCAAGGAUGAAAGAUUUGGUGUUUUGGGGGACAAAGCGGCUGAAAAGUUUGACCACUCAUCCCCCGAACAUUCAUAUGUACACAGUAGGAGUGAAUCGGCAUCAAGUGCUGUUUCCAGCAUUGAUUAUCUCCCUUUAGCAUCUACUGAUACCUCUAGGAUAUCAAGUAAGCAGGAUGAUAUGAGUGAUAGAUCAAGGGAUACAACAUCUAGUUUUCCCACACCUUCUAAUUCAAAUCGAAACUCUGCAAAACAGUAUCACAGCUCAAAAACAAUGGCUGAAAUGGCGGUGAAUAGAAAACACAACCCCUCAAGAGCACACUCAUUUUCAUCUGAAUCGGGUUCUAAUGCUUCGACUUCUACUUUGCAUGUUGAAAAACUCGUUAAAGAGUUGAAGAGUGAAUCGACCGAACUACAGACAAUGGCUGCAGAAGAAUUACGGUUUCUUGCUAAGCAUAACAAUGAGAAUCGUGUUGUUAUAGGCUGCAGUGGGGCCAUUGCUCCACUAAUCUCACUGCUACACUCGGAUGUGAAGCUAACCCAAGAGCAUGCAGUCACUGCACUUUUGAACUUGUCAAUUAAUGAAAAGAUCAAGGUUAUGAUUGCAGGAGAAGCUGCAAUUGAAGCCCUUAUCCAUGUUUUGAGGACUGGAAAUGCAGGAGCUAAGGAAAAUGCUGCAGCUGCUCUUUUCAGUCUCUCUCUUCUGGAUGAGUACAGGAAAAAAAUUGGCCGAUCAGGGGCAGUUAAAGCAUUGGUUGAUCUUUUAGGAUCUGGUACUCUGAGAGGGAAGAAAGACGCUGCAACUGCCCUAUUUAACCUAUCUAUCUUUCAUGAGAAUAAGGCUCGUAUAGUUCAGGCAGGAGCAGUGAAAUAUCUGGUGGGGUUGAUGGCCCCUGAAACAGAAAUGGUUGAUAAAGCUGUAGCUCUUCUUGCAAAUUUGUCUACUAUCAAAGAAGGAUGCUCAGCUAUUGUUCGAGAAGGGGGUAUACCAUUACUGGUUGAAAUUGUUGACACGGGAUCUCAACGAGGAAAGGAAAAUGCUGCCUCGAUACUUCUACAACUGUGCAUUAAUAGUUCUAGCUGCUGUCGGAGUGUUCUACAAGAAGGAGCUGUCCCACCUCUUGUCGCGUUGUCUCAAUCAGGCACUCUAAGAGCGAAGGAGAAGGCACAACAGCUUCUUAGUCACUUCCGCAACCAGCGUGAGUGCGCUGUGGCGAGAGGGAGGCCGUGAAGAAGAAAUUUUCAUUCAUUCAUUCAUGUUUAUUUUGCCGCUGCUCGUGUCCACCUUAGUUAAAGCUUCGUCGCCAGCAGUUUCUCAGAUAUCAAGGUUUUGAACAAUUAUUCUGUAUCUAUUUACGUGACAUGCAAAUGGGGGUAGAUUUGUUUGCUUUUGUAGCUCCAAAUUGGCUAUAGCCUGUGAUGUUUAAUCUCGUAGUUCCUUUGGUUUUUUGCUUUACUAAUGCAAGUAGUUCUUCCAUGUUCUUAAA